UCUUAAUAUUUUGUCAAUUCAUAAUUUCGUUAUGCUGUCGCCUGUCAAUUACAAGACAAUGGAGUGUCUAUCGUACAGCUGAUUUUCAUCUAGCAUUUAAUUUUAUUGAUCUACUAGAAACAGUUUGGGAAAUGUCACGUUAUUCACAUGAUUCUUUAGAAAGAAAUGAUUGUCUAGAAGAACCGCUACAAUCUAAUAGAAGUUCCAACGAAGUUAUUAACCUAGAACCAUCUAGACAGUCAAAGAUAACGGCUAAAAAGCAUGAAUCGGUUUCCUUAAAUAUUAUCAAAUUAUCAUCGCCUAUCUCAGAUGUCCUUAAUGAAACUUCAGGAUGCUCUGCUCUCAACGGAAGCCUCGUCUCCUCGAGGAAUUUGAUAAUUGCUGUGGACUCGUUCACCAGAGUGGAAGAGAAGAGUCGCUUGGACCCAAGGGAUAACAAGGACAGUAACGACAACGUUAUCCGGGAUGGUCUUUGUACUAUGAACGUUGCGGCUCACCAAAGGAAAGGCCGCGAGAAGGAAGAAGAGGAAAGAGUUAAGAAGACUCUUCCGUUGUCGACUGGUUGUCGGAAAACCUUCCCCAGGAUAGUCACUCCCAUGGGCUCAAUGAGGCAUACGAAAAAGUUGAGUGGAGUAGCCGACGAAAGGGCGUCCUGGAGAAUGGAAGAAAGCGUCAGGAGAAGCGUCUCUUAUUUGGAACGUUAUCGUCGUAGAACCGAUGUAGUUAGAAACCGGCGUGCUUGUUCCUCAGAGAGUUCCUCGCUGUCGAUUUGCGGAGACAAUUCAGUUGAGCGUCUCAUGGAUGUCAAGAGUCGAGCGUCGUCCGGAUUCCCAGGAGAUGAUCAAAGUGAGCUCAGCCUCUACAAGAGGUUGAUGAACCAAACGUCGAGGACGUUGGAAACGAGUCGCUCCUGUGAGAGCUUUCAAGAUGAUGGUGACGAUCAUCUUCGGAAUGGUGAUGGCAGUGCCUCCUUGAGGAACAUCGACGUCAGGAGUACUCCCGAGAAUAAAUUGAAUCAACCAAAAUUUCCUGGUUAUCGUCGUUAUAGUCUUAAGGACUUGAAGACACUAUCAGUACCUAGAAGAGAUAGAUCCUUGGGACCAGAUCCCGUGGAAGUGCGGAAAAAGAGGGAGCGGCUGGUGCGACACAGAUUAUACGGGGAUGCUGUUAGUGCGCGAAAUCGCCAGCGCAUUCUCCAGGAGGUUAAUUCUACUGAUCGUAUAGUCAAUGGCUAUAAGGUUGGUCACAGCUCAUCCACCAUGGAGUCCAUCCACCUACGGUUAUUUCCGUUGAAGCUGCUAUCCUACAAACGUUUUGGCCCAGGGCCAUUGUCCGGUUUACCAAACUAGCUUAGGGCGUGCUAAUAAUUAGUUUAUGCCAGCCUAUCAAAGGACGAGAGUCAAAGUGUGAUGCAUGGUAUUGCGAAUUUACAUGAGACCGUCCGUGCCUUACAGCUUGCGACCUCCGGCUGGUAUGCUUAGUUUAGGUUUCAGAUUGGUUCUUAAAAUUCAUCUGGCUUAAUUUAAGAUGCUAAGUGAAGCCUCGAGGAUAUUCUUCGUCGAAAUGGAAUGCCAUAGGAAAGAGUGGAAAAAUUGGAAAAUAUUUAUUAAUUAUACGUCGAUCCAUUCUGCGAGUAAAAUUCGAUCUUGCUGAUAUUCAAUUUCGUAUAUAUGUACAUGUAUAUAUGCGGUUGUCAUUUAAUUGGCAAUUACUGGACUAUGAUGUCAACGAGAUAUGGAGAGUGGUGCUAGUGGUUUGGUUUAGCUGUUGCAUCGGGAAAAAAAUGUAGGCUGCAACGUAGUGUAAUAACUAACGAUGUGAUUUGUCAAUGAAAAUAAUUACUUGCGUCAGUCCUAUUAACGUUAACUAUCUCUUCGUGUUCGUUCUGUUUCCGUUCUUGCUCAAAUCCAUUUUACUGGUGUGCUUUGGAUGAGCUUUCAAUGUUUUAUCAAACGUUGUAAUAUAUUAUUGGUUUUUAGUGGGGUACAUAUUCCCAUCAAGUAAUAAUGGAGGGUCCAUGUUUUAAUGGAUGGCACGGAAGUGCAUUAUGAAUAAUGGAAUAUUCAUUAAUCAACAAUGACAUUUCUCUGCGGUGAAUUGUUUCUAGAGAACUUGUAGGGUGUAUGUUUAAUACGAUUUAUUUAGGAAAUUGUAUAUUUAGUUAGCAACUGUGUUUAUGGAUAUAGUGUAAUUUGAGGAAUCAGUACUUGACGUUGUCGUAUUUCUGUGCUUGUAAAGUCGUUUAAGAAAAUUGUCGUUUCUGAUUUUGUCUGUUAAAUCAUAUGUAUCUGCCAAUGGAUAUUCUAUUAUAUAAAUUUGACUUUAGAGUCCGUGGAAAAGUAUUAUAGUAUAUUAUAUCUUUUUUUAAAGCCUACAGUGGUUUACUGUUCAGAAUAUAUAGUCAGUAAAGAAGCGCUACUAGGGAAGUCGCAAUUCCGUUUGAAGAUCUCUACGUUGUAUUUUACUGUGUAAAUGUGAGUUUCAAAGAGAACGAAAAAGCGUGGAACGUUAAAGGCGAAGAGGAGAGAAAAGAGGAAUAAGGGAAUAAGGAAGAAGAUUGGUGAAAAAGAAAGAUAGAUUGAAGCUGAUUUAUUAAUGUAAAUACUAGCGAGAA